AAAGCUGUAGGUAGUGCGGUAUCAUUAACAGAGGGCUGUAGGUAGUGCGGUAUCAUAAGCAGAGCGCUGUUGGUAGUGCGGUAUCAUUAAACAGCUAUAGACUCGACCCACAGGUAUAGUACACUGUGUACGUCGAUUACAUUAAGGUACUUACCUUAGCGGAUAUAAGACAAGAACACGGCACUGGAGUAACAAAUCCAUCCUGGUAUUGGACAGAGAACGUCGUUGGUGUCCAGCAAUAACCUACAAGCCUAUGAGGCCAAUGUUAAAGUGAACGACGUGCAAUUGGAGAAACAACCUUUCAUUUAUAUGCAGAUAAUACGUUGGAGUUUUAUGAGAACUCUAAAAAACGGUACUUUUGGGAAAAUGUUGCAUCUACUUGAAUACUAGAACUAUUGGCUUGGAGUCAUAUGAUUAUUUGGAGAUAUCUACACGGAACUUACAACAUAGCUGGAAUACUUUGAACAAAAGCUUAUAUUUGUUAAGCCGGAACGAAGUUUCUUUCCGUAGAACGGUGCUGUACAGUUCAACAGAUUAAACAUUGUUGGCGUGUUAAAAGAAAGAGGGUUAAAAGUACUUUUUUUUAAUUGGAAAACAAAGACAUCCAGCGUACAUCAGAAGUCUACUGGAAUCACUUCUAUGAGAAGGUUUUGUUGUGCAAUUUGAUCACUAAGCCGGUUUGCACUUGUCCUUGGAUUUCCACAUUAACUUUAUCCAUGUUAGCGACAAUGUCGGUUAUUGUUGUUAAGCCGAUGUCAAGGUCAUACGCCCUUGCUUCAGCUGCUGGUAUCACAGAGUCUGAACUGAACACGAGAGACGCUAAUGGACGCACGGUCCUAUUCUACGCUUCCAGAAACGGAAAAACACAGGUCGUUAAAAACUUACUGAACGCCGGAAGUGAUCCUAAUAUACCGGACGUGGAAGGUAGCACCCCAUUGCAUGAAGCGACAGAAAGAUGCCAUCUUGAUAUCGUCAAAAUUCUGUUAAAAAACGAUAAAACCGACAUCAAUGCUAAGAACAGGAACGGACAAACCGCUCUGAUGAAAUCAGUUCUGUAUGACGACAUAGAGGCCCUUAAAAUACUACACAAAUCUGGUGGACUCAUUGACGAAUUGGAUUCCACGGGGAAAACCGCAUUUAUGAUCGCUAUGGCGGACGGUAGAGAACGAACUUCAGAAUAUCUCAUUAAAAACGAAUGUGACGUCAAUGUUGUUGACAAGCUUGGCCAAACAGCGCUUUAUUUAGCAUUUACAUCGACACACGGCAUGUCAACGGAAAACAUCCGACGUCUCCUGAAAGCCGGUUACGAAACAGAGAAAGACCGUAGAUGGCUGGCCAAGGCCGGAAUGGAGCUGGAUGCUUUCCAACAUAAAAAUUUCUUCCAGAGGAUGAAAGCUCGGAUCACGGCACCUUCCGCUCGACGUCACAGCGAGGGAUUUCUGGGAAGAAGCACAAUACAACUUGGUAGCGGAGUCAGUCAUGCGCAUCCACGUUUCCGUUUCCGGAACAAUUCCUCGUUUAACUAGAAAUCAAAAAUACACUUAAAUAUCGACAUUGAGUUAAAUUAUGCAUUACUGGAUAUUCGUAGCCGUUUCAUUAGAGUUCUAGUGAUGAAUUAUCAAAUAGACACAGAAAAUUAUCCCAUACAUGUGUAAAUGUCCGAAAAAUUGCGAAGCAUUCGGAACACCUUGGAAAUUAGUGUUCGUGUCACUAAGACGGGUUGUUCUGCUAACAACCUGAUUAACUUUCCUUAAAGAAACUUGCCAAGGCUUCUUCACUUGUUAAAUUACACCUAACAUCGCUUGAAAUUUAACUGAAAAAUCUUCUUUAUACGGAACCCCUCUCCGAAAGUGAAAUAUCCACUUCACACCUCGGAUAAGGUAGAAUAUCCGCGUUAUCGGAAUACUCACAGACGGGAAAAUACCCGGACAUCGGAACACCUCUCCAAAAUCGUAACUUCUGCAUUUCACCUUACCCAAUGUGGAUUAACCACGUUUUUGACAAAACUCGUCAAAAGGGAGAAUACGCUGAACUUCUGGAUACUUCGCCGGAGGUGGAUCUUGCUUGAACAUUAAGGUGUGGACUUGUAUAGUGUUCCUAAUGUAAGGUUGUAACAGAAAUGUAUGACGUCAUGUGAUGUAGUACCAGACAAUUUCAAAAACGGAUGUGAUUAAAUUUGACAGGAUUGAAUAGGGUAUAUAAGUGGGCGCAUGCGUUGAUGCCUCUAUAGUCACAUCAUUAUGACGUAAUACACUGUAUCAUGUGUAAUAUGUGCAUAACUACGAUUGGAAAUAUUAUUUGACCGAACUUAAUUAUCCUAGAUCAUCUGUGCAUAUCAUCAUACACAUACUAGAGUAGGUAAGAUGUGGCUGGUCCAGAUUCAUGUGUAUAUUCAUACGUCUACAUUACGUCAAUAGUCACUAAAAAAUCAUUGUACAUCUGUUCAUCAAUGCACGUGAACUGUAAAACAGUUAUCUCCCUUAGACCAUGAUUUUGAAAUGAUCAUGAAUUCGUCACCUUUAGGAAUAUUCAUAUCAAUUUGUUACGUUAGAAAUAAACAUAAGUUAU